CGCGGCACGCGGCACGCGGCGGCAGGGAUGGAGAGCGGAAGGGAGGACCGGACACCGAAUACGAGGGAAUUUGUAAUGGCGUUGUCGAGGCAGAGCGCUCAUUUGAGGAAGGCAGAUAAAAAGGAAUCGAUGUGGAGCGAAGGGGGUCGAGUGCGUCGGGGGGAGAUGAGGACCGCAGGUGAUGCUCACUCAGCGCCGACUGCUUCCCGAAGCCACGCACGCUCCGGAUUUCCUCAAACUCUGUGGGAUUCCUUCUCGGGUGAGCGGAAGGAAACAUUAUUCAACGAGGGGACAUUAUUCAUUUCAACUUUCAGUUCUUUCAAAAGUAGCGGUCGGAACUCACGGUUUCCGUAAAUGGAGCCAAAGGAAGCAAGAUGGCGGCGGAGGACACAGGAAAUAAGCACUGUAGCACAAGAAAAACCACGCAAGCACAGGAAGGAGAGCGAACCCCUCGAAUGUGACGCAGACCUGCGAACCACUAUUCGCCAUCCUGCCAUUUGAUUGGCCAAGUUUUGACUUCAUCCGCGCGCAUGUAACCGGCGAGCCCCAGUGCGCAUGCGCGUCGUCGUCAUCUGACGGUUGAAGCGUCGGGGCGGACUCCGUCGCCACCGAGAGGCCCACGGUCGUCGCACUCCGAACGAGAGACGAGGAGCGCACCGGAGCGCCGCUUUUGCACGAGGUGCCAUAUUUGCCCCCCGACAUGUAGCAGCCCGGCAGCGUGGGAGAGGGAGAGGAAGAGGAAGAGGAAGAGGAAGAGGGAGAGGAAGAGGGGGGGGCGAUGCCGUGAAAAAACCGCGACAGCCCACUGAGGAAGACGAGGAUGGACCCGUGCGGGGCGAUCCGAGGAAGGUAGCGGCUCGUCGUCGCUUUGGUGUGGACGAUGGAUUUCAGCCGCCUCAGGAACAUCAUCAGCAGAUACUGCGCGGGGGAGGAGAACCGGGUCGACAGUCGGACGGUCUACAUCGGCCAUAAAGAACCUCCUCCGGGAGCUGAGGCCUACAUCCCUCAGCGUUACCCCGACAACCGCAUCGUCUCCUCAAAGUACACCUUCUGGAACUUCAUCCCCAAGAACCUGUUUGAACAGUUCCGAAGAAUUGCCAACUUCUACUUUUUGGUCAUAUUUCUUGUCCAGCUCAUCAUCGACACCCCCACCAGCCCAGUCACCAGCGGCCUGCCCCUCUUCUUCGUUAUCACGGUUACCGCCAUCAAGCAGGGCUACGAGGACUGGCUGCGACACAAGGCCGACCGCUCCGUCAACGAGUGUCCGGUGGACGUGGUGCGGCGGGGGAAGGCGGCCAGGACGCAGAGUCACAAGCUGCGGGUGGGCGACAUCGUGGUGGUGAAGGAGGACGAGACGUUCCCGUGUGACCUGAUCCUGCUCUCGUCCGGCCGACAAGAUGGCACCUGCUACGUCACCACCACCAGCCUGGACGGCGAGUCCAGUCACAAGACCUACUACGCCGUAGCAGACACCAUGGCCUUUCGGACGGACCGGGAGGUGGAUUCGCUGCAUGCCGCCAUCGAAUGUGAACAACCGCAGCCUGACCUCUACAAAUUUGUGGGACGUAUCAAUAUUUACAAGGACAAAGAAGAGCCUGUUGCCAGACCGCUCGGUGCCGAGAACUUACUACUCAGAGGAGCAACGCUGAAGAACACGCGACAUAUUUAUGCUGUGGCCAUCUACACCGGCAUGGAGACCAAGAUGGCGCUCAAUUACCAGUCGAAAUCGCAGAAGCGCUCCGCCGUUGAAAAGUCCAUGAAUGCCUUUCUGGUCGUCUAUCUGUGCAUCCUGAUCAGUAAAGCGGUCAUCAACACCGUUCUGAAGUACGCCUGGCAGCGGUCUCCGGACCGCGACGAGCCCUGGUACGACCGCAGAACGGAGCACGAGCGACAGCGACACGUGGUGAUCCGAGCGUUCACCGACUUCCUGGCCUUCACCGUGCUGUUCAAUUACAUCAUCCCCGUGUCCAUGUACGUGACGGUGGAGAUGCAGAAAUUCCUGGGCUCCUAUUUCAUCACCUGGGAUGAGGAGAUGUUCGACGAGGAGUCGGGAGAGGGAGCUCAGGUCAACACCUCCGACCUGAAUGAGGAGCUGGGUCAGGUGGAGUACGUUUUCACCGAUAAGACGGGCACUCUGACGGAGAACAACAUGGAGUUCAUCGAAUGUUGCGUCGAUGGCAACGUUUACAUUCCGCACGCCAUCUGCAACGGUCAAAUCCUCAGCGCUGCCUCCAGCAUCGACAUGAUCGAUUCCUCGCCCGGUGGCUAUCGCAGAGAGCACGAGGACCUGUUUUUCCGGGCCUUGUGUCUGUGUCACACGGUGCAAGUGAAGGAGGAGGAGACGGUGGACGGCAUCAAGAAGGGCAUCCGUCAGGGUCGGCCCACCUCCUUCUACAUCUCCUCUUCCCCGGAUGAGGUGGCUUUGGUCGAGGGGAUGAAAAGGCUGGGCUACACGUACCUGAGGCUGAAAGACAACCACAUGGAGAUCCUGAACAAAGACGACGAGAUCGAAAGGUUUGAGCUGCUUCAUGUGCUCAACUUCGACUCCGUCAGGAGGAGAAUGAGCGUCAUCGUGAGGGCCAGUUCAGGAGAAUAUUUGCUCUUCUGCAAGGGGGCCGACUCGGCCAUUUUCCCCCGGGUGGUGUCUGGCAAGCUGGCGCAGGUGAAGGCGCGGGUGGAGCAAAAUGCCGUGGAGGGCCUGCGAACCCUGUGCGUGGCCUACAAGAGGCUGUCGGAGCGCGAGUACCGAGAGGCGUGUCGGCACCUGACGGCCGCCAAGCUGGCCCUGCGGGACAGGGAGCAGAGGCUGGCUCGGGCCUACGACGUCAUCGAAAGAGAUUUGGUGCUCCUGGGCGCCACGGCGGUGGAGGACAGGCUCCAGGAAAAGGCGGCCGACACCAUCGAGUCGCUGCACAAGGCGGGAAUCAAAGUUUGGGUGCUGACCGGGGACAAAAUGGAGACGGCGGCGGCCACCUGCUACGCCAGCAAGCUGUUCCGCCGCAGCACUCGGAUCCUGGAGCUGACCAAGAAGCGCACGGAGGAGCAGAGUCUGCACGACGUUUUGUUUGAGCUGCACAGGACGGUUCUCAGGCAGCGAUCCAUUUCUGGGUUGUCCGUCGACUGCCUGGAUUUCGGUCUGAUCGUCGACGGCGCCACGCUGUCGGCCGUCCUCGAGCCCGAGCGGGACGUCGCGGGCCACGCCGGCUACCGCGAGGUCUUCCUGGAGAUCUGCGGCAACUGCAGCGCCGUGCUGUGCUGUCGCAUGGCGCCGCUGCAGAAGGCGCAGAUUGUGAAGCUGAUCAAGGCCUCCGAGGAGCACCCGAUCACGCUCGCUGUUGGCGAUGGAGCCAAUGACGUCAGCAUGAUUUUAGAAGCGCACGUGGGCAUUGUUUGUGUGUGUCUCGCAGGGAUAAUGGGCAAAGAGGGUCGCCAGGCCGCCAGAAACGGCGACUACGCCGUCCCCAAAUUCAAACAUCUGAAGAAAAUGCUGCUGGUUCACGGCCAUUAUUACUACAUACGCAUCGCGGAGCUCGUCCAGUAUUUCUUCUACAAGAACGUAUGCUUCAUCUUCCCGCAGUUCCUGUACCAGUUCUUCUGCGGCUUCUCCCAGCAGCCUCUGUACGACACGGCCUAUUUGACCUUGUACAACAUCAGCUUCACGUCACUGCCCAUCCUCCUCUACAGCCUGGUGGAGAAGCAUGUCACCAUGGAGACGCUUAAACGGGAGCCCUCCUUGUACAGAGACAUCGCCAAGAAUUCCCUCCUCUGCUGGCCAGUCUUCCUGUACUGGACAUGCCUGGGCGUCUUUGACGCCGUUGUCUUCUUCUUCGGCGCCUACUUCCUGUUCGACAACACCACCUUCACCAGCAACGGCCAGCUCAUGACCACCAACACGCAGAUGAUGUUCGGCAACUGGACCUUCGGGACUCUGGUCUUCACCGUGCUGGUGUUCACCGUGACGCUCAAGCUCGCCUUGGACACGCACCACUGGACCUGGAUCAAUCAUUUUGUCAUCUGGGGCUCGCUACUCUUCUAUGUGAUCUUCUCUCUCCUCUGGGGAGGCAUCAUUUGGCCCUUCCUCAACUACCAGAGGAUGUAUUACGUCUUCAUGCAAAUGCUGUCCAGCGGGCCGGCCUGGCUUAGCAUCGUCCUGCUCGUCACGGUCAGCCUGCUUCCUGAUGUCAUCAAGAAGGUCCUCUGCAGGACGAUGUGCCCCACAGCCACCGAGCGCGCUCAGGAUGGCGACGAGUUGGCACGGGACGACGCGGCCGAGCCGUCCCCCCGUCGCGCCUACAAAGGAGCGAGCGUCGACUCCUCUCAGUUGCAGCUCGCCGGCGCGGAGACGUCGUCGCUCCGCGCCUCCGACCCCCUCCCCCAAAAACUCUUGGCGCGCUUGGCGGAAGGGGGGAGGGCAGACUUGCGCUCGCUCAGCCCGUGCAUGCUUCGGCUUUCCGGGGCAGGCGUCGCCUACUACGCUCCGGGGCCUGAAACGUCAGUCUGAUGCCCAACCUGGCCUUGAAUCUGCAAACUUUUGUGCGAGUGCGUGCGGAGCGGCGUAUGACGGGCUGUGCGCGGGCCCGUCUUCGUCUCAAGGGUGAGAAAUUCUCCAACACGCGAGCUGGGCUAGUGAACACCCCUUUAUAGGUUGCAUCGCCCAAACUCCUCACGGUCAUUCUUUUGCUUUUCGGUCGUCUUCUCCAACUUUUGAGAAGAUACGGUACGGCCUAUUUGUACAAUAACACCUUUAUAUUACUUUGAGUCAAAAUAUUGCCUGUUUAUAAAAAAAAAAAAAAAGACUAUAUGUAAAUGUUCACGAUGUGGUCUGGCCAAGUAAGGGCAGCCAUCAAGCUCAGCCCUUUAGUUGUGCGUGGACGUGCAUGAAGAUGCCUGCACUGUAUGUUUUGUACGUAUUUGACACACCUUUGCCUUACAGGUAAACCACACAGCAGCAGGCGAGGAGCCAAAGGGGUUUUUUGGGGGUUUUGUUUUUGAAAUGGAAGUGGUGUAUUACAAAGCCUUACACACUGACCAACUCCCCCACCUGACACCACCUCGUCCUAUUGGAAUGGGGAAAAAUAAGAGAAAGGGAUGUGCAGUAUUGUCGCCACCCUGCCUUAAUUCAUACAUGCCUGCUUACAGUCGUUUGUCGCUAUUCCGUCUCACCUCUGUGUCCUUGCAUGGCUCAACUCUUUGCAUGGCGAUGUGUGGCCGGGACUGGCAUUUGACGGAUAUUUUCUUGUACCGUGUGGCCACGGAGCAGAGAGGGUUAUUAGGGCCACGCCCCCCCCAAAAAAAAAAUAACAAGAAUCAUGUUACGGGAAUAACGUCAUUGAAUUGCAAAAGAAAAUUAAGAAAUACAAGAUCAAAGUCAAAAUAUUGCAGAAAUAAAGCCUUAAUUUUACAAGCAAAAUGUAACUUUACAAGGACAAAAUAUCUUAAAUUUACAAAACAUUUCGGGAAGGUCAUAAUUUCACAAUCCAAAGGUCUCACUUUAGAGUAGUAAACAUCCUUUAUGAAAGAAAAGUAACAUUAAUAAAUAGCUGUAAGAAUCUUAAAAGGCUUGUCAGUGAUGUUGUGGUAAUUUUAUAAGCAAAAGUUGCAAUUUCAGGAGAAUAAAAUUGCCAGAAGGGUUGCAAGAAUUAAGUAGCAAUUUUACAAGGAAAAAAAUCCAUAUAUUUAUGAGAAUCAACUUGUAACAGGCAAUCAUUUUUUUUUUUUUUACAAAACGUUAUGUAAAUAGAAGAAUGUCUGAAUUUUGCGAGAAUACGUAGUAAUUAAGAAGUGUCACAAAAAAAUGUAUACAAAAUAAAAUAGUAAUAUUACGAGCAUAAACACGUAAUAUCUUCCCUCUUAAUUAACAGCAAAAAAUGAAACAACUUUAUUUUUCGUGAUAUUAGGACGUUUUCCUCUUAAGACAUUACGACUUUCUUCUUGUCAUUUGACUUUUUCCGUUUAACGUUAUGUCUUUGUUCUCACGUUAGGACUUUCUUAACACAUCACAUAAGAUUCUGACUUUCUUCUUGUAAUAUUCUGACUUUAUCCUCAUAAAAAGAGUCGUAAGAUUACAGCUUUAUUGCAUUACGUCUUCUUUCCAUGUAAAAGCUUCGUUCUUGUAACAUAAUCGACUUUGUUCCUUGUAACAUUCCAUCUUUUGUCUCGUACGUAUUCUUUUAACGUUGACUUUUUGCCCCUUACAACCUUCUUGUAACACUGUUUUUUUUUGUAUUGUUGUCACUAUUACAACUUGUUUUCAUUGAAAACAAAAGAAAAAGAAAGAUUUUUGUAAUAUUACAAUUUCAUUACCAUGAUCUUUUUUUCCUGCCGGUGUGGCCCUAAUACUUCUUCGUAGCACUGUGAUGGUUUCACAUGCUCUAAAAUGGACUGUGCUUGACCUCCGGAUGAUUUUGUGCUCUCUGUAUGUUAUGCAAAAAAACUAAUGUCGGGUCUGAAAUCAGGCCAAGUACGUGUUCCUCUUGUUCCCCUGUCUCGGUGGCAGUCACUCUCGACGAAUGGAUGUAACGUACGUUGUACUCGGCAGGAAGACUUGAAUAGGCGACGUCACAAUCAAUCAACAGAAUGUCAAAGCAAUUUGUCCGUCGUGUCCUCCAGCUGACGAUUGUAGCUCAUUCCAGAUCAACCUCUCUUUCCUCUCAACAACACAGUUUAUUUUUAUACACAUCACCAUCUACCAACGGGUAUAGAUUUUAUAUAUAUAUAUAUAUAUAUAUAUAUAUUUUUUUUUUUAAAAAAACAGUUUUUAUUGUACAGAUUAGAUACGAGCUCAGACACGCAAAGUCUGUUUUGAUUUGGGCAUUCAACAUCGUGACCUCAGUGACGCUCACUGUGCUGUUGCCAUAUUGUAUCGAGGCGAAUUUGACGUGCUCCUCUGCUUCAAUUCUUCAUUUCGUCAUGAUUGUUGUAUACCCCGGCAGGAUUUAGUUGGACUGCAUGUACACCGCAGGUCACACUUUUAGUUGUCAUUUGUGUUUAAAACUGCAUUCCGAGAGCUCAACAUGUGCCAAAAAAAUGUAUUUUGUUUUUUUCAAUUUUGACAGCUGUAUCACAUUUUGUUGUUAAAGGGUAGAUGAAACUGUCAUUUCAUCCACUUGUCCAUUGGAAAGCGUGAAAAAAAAACUGUCCAUGGGGAUACAUUGUGGUACAUUGUCGACAAUGCAUUUCUACUAUUUUCUUCUGAUUCAAAGACCAAUAGUUCUAUUUUUACUUGCAGCUACAAUUGUCAUGUGCUCUCAUUGGAAUUCUUAAAAAAAAAAAAAAAAACUCCAAAUCCCGGUGAGAUACAUUGUGGUCAUCUCCAAUAAUUCACAUUUCUACUUUCUUUAUUUUUCACCGCUAUGGCGUUGUUGUAUUUUCCAUUAGGAUGUUUUGUGCACGUUUCCUUUGCUACUUUUGUAUAAAUGAUUCUAUUUUAACUUGGUUCGAAUGUGGGUUAAAGUUUACCAAAUGGGUCAGUAGAGAUUGUGCACUUUGUUGUUGAGAUCAGUGCUCGCCCAAAAACGAAGGUCUGCUGAGGGUGGUUUAUACCGUGAUACUACUGUUCCUCGCAAGUUAUUUUUUCUGAGAUUGUAGUGGGUGAAGUGACCAAAUAACUUGAACGUGGAACAAACUGGCCUCCGUCUCCAAUGGUUGUCUCUCAGCAGCCUUUUUCUCGAAUGUCCACGCCGCUUCUCUGAAGUCCAUCAGCACAAGCGCAGCUUGCUCGUUGAAAAUGCUGACAUCUCCGAAGCGUGACAAAGGUGCCAGGGGUGUGUCUUUGUGUGUCUUUGUGUGUGUGUGUGUGCUCCCUUCCGUACAGCACUGUUUGUAUCACUAUUAUAAAUAACAGGUUUUGAGACUUUUUUUCUUUAAAAAAAAAAUAAAGAAGUUUAAAGGUU